UAACUCAAGAGUUAACCUUGUUCCUCUCACAGGACUUCAUUGGAUAUUUCCUGGAAGUAAUUUUUCUUUAGGCUGGUUAGCAGUAUGCACAAGAGAUGGCUGUCUUCUUUUAUGGGAAUUUAGUAAUUCAAGAGAUCCAGUUAUACUUUCAGUAAAAUACUCAUCGAUGAUUUCUGCUCUCCACUCAUGUUGGAAUAAUGAAGAUAGUAAAAGCGUUAAAUCAUUACAUCAAGUAUAUGUUGCUAUAGCAACAUGUUCUGGAGGUCUUGCUUGUCUUGAUCUAAAUUUUAAAUGUAAUAUUCAUAAAAAUGUUAUUAACUCCGAUAAAUGGGAAAUUAUGAAUGAAUUCACCUUAUCAAAUUGUUCUCCCAGACGUAUUUUAUCAUGGCAAGCUUACAGUGCCGUCAUAGCCGCAGAUUUUGUUCAAUCAGAUAAAUUAGGAUCACAGUGUAUAUUAGUUACCUUGAGUGCUGAUGGUGUUCUUAGAUUUCGAAAUAUUUCGUUGAAUGCUUCUUCAACCGGACAACAUAAAAAUGAUGAAAUAUUGAAAACAGGAUGUACUACAGAAGAUUCCAGUUUUGAUGGAAUCACAGAGAAUCCAUUAAUUGACUUGAUUAUAUCCGAUGAAACACCAUCACAUAUUGCUAUCCAACCGAGAUUAGAUCGGUCAACAUCAACAAUAACCAGAAGUUUAACUGAUGAUAUCUGUUGGAUUCAUAUUGCGUGUGGUUAUCCUAACAGUGGACUAAUUCGUGUUUUCUGUCCAUCGAAUACAAGAAUGUUGAAAGAACUGGAUUAUCAUAAAGGUUAUGAUAUAACAGGUUUGUUGUAUUCACCUUGUGGUCUUUACUUAUACACAUCGGAUACCUCUGGUCAACUAGCAGUAUGGAGAAUUGUAGUUGAUACAGGAGAAAAGUUAUAUGAAAUGCAGUUAGUCCACUCACUAAGUCAUCAAGUAGGUAUAUUUAGUAGAAUGAAACCUACUAUUACAAACCAAGGCAAUAAAAUAGACUUGAUGGAGAUAAAACAGAGCAUUAUUACUACAUGCUCCAAAGGAUUUGAUAUUGCCUAUUUUGGACCACAAGUAGGAAUUGUUACUAUUGCUAAGGCUGCUAACCUUUCAACUAUGGUACAGAUUGAUUUAUGCCGUUUGAUAUUAAAAUAUUUUCCAAAAUAUGAAACAAUACAAAAAUUCGAUGAUGUCAGUCAGUUUAUGAAAUCAUUUCAUUUCAUUCAAUUUAUUUCACAAAAUAAUGAAAAAGAUGAAAUAAAUCAUCAACACUUAUUUGUUUGUACAUCACGUGGUUAUUUAUUCAAAUUCAAUGUACUAAAUGGUAAACCAAUCAGUUGUGCAGAAUUCAGCAUAGUUUCUAAUUCAAACUCGAAGAUAUAUAUAAGUACAAUGAAAAUUAGUCCUAAUGGGAAAACUUUACUGUUGUCUGAAACAUCUAGUCCAUUUAUCUAUAUUGCAUCAACUAAUCUUUAUCCCUUGUAUGACGACAACGAUCACAUCAAGACUGUUCAUAAUCCAUUGAAUCGAAGUAUAGUUUAUCAAAAAUUUAUUGGCCAUAUUUAUCCAAUUGAUAAUUUCUACUUUACUUUCGAUGAAAAAUAUUGUAUCAGUAUAGAUAGAGGCUGUUGGAGUUGUAAUCCUUCUAGUACUUAUGAUGAUUUACAUACUACUAACAAGGAAAUGAAAGCAAGUAGUAUAUUUAUAUGGAAACUUCAAGAAAUAGAAACGCUAUGUGAACUAAAAGUAGAACAGACUGAAAAUAAAGAAAAUGUAACAAUAGAUGAAUUACAAAUGGUAAAGUAUUCAGCUUCUUUGCAACCAUCAUCAUCAUCAUUUGAGUGUGGGGAUAAACAUCCUGUAGAAGAAACUGAAACUAGAGUUGUGUGUGAUCCCAGCGGAAUAACUCACAAUAAUUGUGAAACAGAAAGGGAAAAUUAUAUAUAUGAUACCCACCGUCCUUUAUCCCAUCGACAUUGGACUGUUUACUCUAAUGACCAGUACACACUAAGAGAAUUUAAUCCAGAUAUAAUUCAGGAAUUAAAAUUUGUAUCAGUCGCUAAUGAUUUGUUAAAAGGAUUAUUUGGAUUCGGUAGCUUCAAUCGUAUGAUCGAUAAUUUAAUUUGGGAUUCUGAUACUGGCUUAUUCAUUUACACAAAUGAAUCUUUGCUUGUAUUCGAAGAAUUAGAGACUGGUGUACAGUCAGCAUAUCGAUCUAUCAUGCCGAAUACUUCAAUUUAUGUAAAGCAUUUCAGUGGAGAAAUUUUCAAUUCAAUUGAGCUGACACCGAAUAAAUCGACAUUAGCAAUUGGUUCAACAAGUUAUUGGCAUCUAAAUAAUGCCUACAGCUGUACAGACAUUAUAUCUACAUUGAUAAUUAUACCAAUUAAGUUCAAUCAUCAUGAUACUUAUCGACAUUUAAAACAAACACCAUCAUUAUCACAAAUUCCAGUGUUGAAAUGUGAUUUACAAAAAAGAUUCUUAUUGCCCAAUAACAAUAAAUAUGUUGACCAAAUGAUAAAUUCAUAUCCUACAAUGAAGAAUUCUUAUCCAUAUGGUAUUUUAUUGACCAUGUCAUUUACAAUGGACUCACGAUAUCUUAUAACCAUUGAAGAUUAUCAUACAAAUGGGAUUAAAUUAUGGUCAACACAGAAUUGGACGGUUCUGUCAUCAGUAAACGUUGAUGGAUACUUUAAUCAGAUCUUAUGCUCUUCCUUAUUUGGCAAUGAGUUUAUUACCAUUGGUGGUCAUUUGAGUUAUGUUGAUAAUAAUGUUGGGAAGUCCGUAAAUCGAGAAAAUCUUAUUUUAUUUUGGAAGAUUGACGUGAAACAUUCUAAAUAUACCGAUUUUAAUCAUCAUAAUGAUAAUCGUAAUAGUGACAGGAAUUUACUAAAUUCAGAAAAUGUGCUUACAUUUACCAAGGGGUGA